GGUCAUACUCUAGAUGCUGCUAUCAGUUGUUUGAUAUGUCAGCGAUCAUUCAAUACCGACUACACAUUCAGUACGAAAAAAUUCAACUGGUCUCAUUCGUGCAAUCGCUCAUUUCGCUCAUCUAUCCAUCAUCCAAACGUGUUUGGUGUUCAAUUCGCGAUCCAGAACCUCUUCUAAAUGUUUCAACAGUCUAGUAUGUCCACUGGUGGUCGAUCUUGUCGGGUUUGCUGCGAUCGUUCCGACGGUGCUCACUUCGGUAUCGACUCAUGUCGCGCUUGUGCUGCAUUCUUUCGCAGAUCGGUAGCGAUGCAGAAGAAAUACGUGUGCCGCCAGGGAUCGAACUCUUGUGAUAUCAACAAAUCGGUCAGAUGUAUAUGUCGAAAGUGCCGUUUCGAAAAAUGUCUUAGCGCUGGGAUGCUACCCGAAAGUGUACAAAACAAACGUGAUCAUAUAGUUCCAAAAAUUCCCGAAGAAACAGAACCACAGAAAUACUCGCAAUUUCUUACAGUCAGCCCAUCUGAUAAUGAAACCCUUCAACGUAGCACGCAGUCAGCAUUUCAACUUGUCAAUCAUCCUCAGUCGUCAAUAUUUCGAGUUCCUACUGUGGAACCUUACACUCAGCCGACCACAUCUACACAAAUGGACUUGCCCCACAUUCUUAUGAAAAUCACUCAGAACUACAGGCAACUUUGUGCUGUUCGUAAGAGCACGGAGCUGUCAAUGAAUGGAUCUUCGUUGCGUAACAUGUUUGAUGAGUCUAUCAAAGGAGCGGAUCUGGUUUAUGGUAGCACAUUGAAGACGUCGAACAUAUUACGAGCACAAAUGCCAGCAUUAGCUGAGUUUGUAAACACCACAUUUGAUGAAUUUGCUCUACUUAGCCAAGAAGAAAAGUGGUCAGUUUUCCAUGCAUUCCUCGUUAUGAUGUUUAGUAUGGACAGUAUCUACCGGACGUAUCGGCUUGUACCUCCUGAUCUCUACUCAACAAUGAAUAUUGUGACCGAGACCACAUUUGUCGACUCCAACGAUAUCAUGCAGUUCUUUGUAGACGCACCACAAAGCAAACUUAGUAAAGAGGAAUUGGCAAGAAUGAUGCGAGAUUGUAUGAGUGACAAAUACCGGCUGUGUGCCCUGAAAUCGCUGAAAAAACUCGAAAUUACUGAGCAUGAGUAUUCUGCUCUGCUUGCUCUUGGACUUUGGUCUACAUACACUAAAAGCUCUUCCGAAACCAUCGAACGAGUGGCGGCAGAGGCAAGAGCGAAAAUUUUCGACGAACUGCAUCUCCUAUACAGAACGGAUGGUACCGACAACUAUGCAGUACGUUUGGGAGAACUAGUCAUGCUGAACGGGACCUUUCAGUUGGUCUGCUGCAAAUUCCGAGAAGACAUCGAACUUUUCAAUCUCUUCGAUCUGUUUCAAGAGGAUACAUUCUUAUACGAUAUCACUAAACAAUAGAAGAUAGAAGUUUAGAAGUUUAUUAGAGAAAGAGUAAUCUCAAAGAGUUUCUUGUCAUGGAGAUUCGCAUUAUUGGACCUCAUCAUGGAACAUUUUUAGAAGUUGU